ACGACGGUUUACGGUAGCAGGAAGUUUCCGCCAUACAUGCCCGGGGCUGCCUGGUAACUCGGCGUGCUUCUGGGCUGCGGCGAUCGCUGAAGGGUGACCUUCUACGCCACUCUCCUUCAAAAGCUUGCUUUUGGUUUUUCUUUUUCUUUAGAUAGUGGAUAUGGAGGGCGUGGCGGGCGUAGAUAGCCCGGGGAUGCGCUGGGUGUCGCUGUGACUAGGGGCAGAUCUCGGCGGCCAGCUGUGGGGCUGUUGCGGACAGAUAAUGCUCGGCAAACGGUCGGGGGAGCAGACAGACCGGCCGAUACUAUCAGUGCGGCAUUAAGCUGUGGCUGUAAAUAAACGUGCAUCCUGUCUCACUGUUGCUCGGAUUACUUUAGAAAGACCUUUGAGCAUUCUGAGCGCACGGUAGUUACCAUGAGCCCGGGAAUCCUUGCGGGCUCGCUGAUUUGGCAGGACAGCAGCCGGCAUGUGGCUCUCAGGCUGGCGCCGCUCCUGCGGCGGACGCGCUUUGCUUCAGCAGCCGCCAGCCUCGGAGCACAUUCACGGCCAGCACCUGGGCCCCGGACUCCCCUCGGAUUAAGGAUCAGGGGCCGAGCCGCCGGAAGCGCGUCCGGGCUGCUGUCGGUGUCCGGCCCGGGUGCUGGGCUCCGGUGCCACAGGCUGGCAGCCCCGUCACCUUUCUGGCUUUCCGCCUGCUUCUACGGCACACCAGCCAGACAGGCGCUGGCAGGGCAGCAGGAGCAGCAGAAAGGGGGCGUCAGAAGCCAGCCGCCGGUGCCGGCGAGCGCAAAGAUCCGCCGGUUACCCUCCGACGACCUGCGCAGGAUCCUGCGGCUCGCCCAUCCGGAGCGUUGGAGGCUGACAGCGUCUGUGGGCCUCCUCCUCGUCUCCAGCACGGUCACCAUGUCGGCACCCUUCUUCUUGGGCCGGGUGAUCGACAGCAUCUCUACGAGCCCUGGGGCAGAAUUCAAUGCCUCGCUCACCUCCCUCUGUGCCAUGCUGACCGGGGUCUUCCUCAUGGGGUCUGCCGCCAACGCUGCCAGGGUCUACCUCAUGCAGAUCUCUGGAGCGCAGAUUGUGAGAAACUUACGCGAAUCCCUUUUUUCCUCGAUUUUGAGGCAGGAGUUGGGCUUCUUCGACGCGACGCGCACCGGCGAGCUCAUUAACCGCCUGUCGGCUGACACGGCGCUCGUAGGGCGCUCUGUCACCGACAAUCUCUCCGACGGGCUCCGAGCCGUCGCCCAGGCAACGGCAGGAGUCGGCAUGAUGUUUUACGUCUCCCCCAGUUUGGCUUCUUUCGUGCUGAUGAUAGUGCCACCAGUGGCCUUCCUGGCUGUGGUCUACGGGAGGUACCUGCGCUCCCUCUCCAAGCGCACACAGGACGCCCUGGCAGAUGCCACGCAGCUGGCCGAGGAGCGAAUCGGCAACCUGAGGACGGUGCGUGCCUUCGGGAAGGAGCUGGCUGAGGUGGAGAAGUACGGCGAGAAGGUGGAGAACGUCCUGCACCUGGCCAGGAAGGAUGCUUUGAUGCGGGGGGGCUUCUUCGGAUUGACUGGCCUGAGUGGGAAUCUGAUGAUCCUGAUGGUGCUGUACAAAGGCGGCCUCCUUAUGGGCAGCGAGAACCUCACCAUGGGCGAGCUCUCCGCCUUCCUGAUGUACUCCUUCUGGGUGGGAGUCAGUGUGGCAGGUCUCAGCUCGUUCUACUCCGAGCUGAUGAAGGGUUUUGGUGCAGGAUCUCGCCUCUGGGAGCUUCUGGACAGAAAGCCGGAGUUUUCCAUCAGCGAGGGUGUGGAGCUGAGGCCGGAGCAGCUGCGGGGGGAGCUGGAGUUCCGUGACGUGUCCUUCGCCUACCCCACCCGCAGGGACGCGCCCAUCUUCCAGCACCUGGACCUGGUGGUACCAGCCGGCUCGGUCAUGGCGGUGGUGGGUUCCAGCGGCACGGGGAAGUCCACCCUGGUGUCUCUGCUACUCAGGCUGUACGACACGGACUCGGGAUCGAUCACCAUCGAUGGCCACGAUAUCCGAGACCUGAGUCCCUAUUGGCUGAGAAAGCAUAUUGGCACCGUCAGUCAGGAGCCGGUGCUGUUCUCCUGCUCCGUCGCGGAGAACAUCGCGUAUGGGGCACCGGAUCCCAGCCUGGUGACGGCCGAGGAGAUCCAUCAGGCCGCUCGCAUGGCCAACGCCUACGACUUCGUCCAGGACUUCCCCCUUGGCUUCGACACCAUGGUGGGUGAGAAGGGCGUGCUGCUCUCAGGGGGUCAGAAGCAGAGAAUCGCCAUCGCCCGAGCUUUGCUGAAGAACCCUAAAAUUCUCCUGCUGGAUGAAGCUACCAGCGCCCUGGACUCGGAGAAUGAGCUGCUGGUGCAGGAGGCCCUGGAGCGGCUGAUGCACGGCCGCACGACGCUCAUCAUCGCCCACCGCCUGUCCACCGUGCAGAGCGCCGACGCUGUGGCGGUCCUGGGCCGGCAGCGCGUGCUGGAGUGUGGCCCCCGGGUCCAGUUGCUGGCUGACCCCCAUGGCCACUUCAGCAGGCUGAUGGAGAGGCAGGCUUUGCUGCAGAACAGCCACAAGCAGACGCUGUAUGAGUAGAAGCCCCCCCCCCCAAUCCAUUUCUCUAUCUACAUUUUAUACAAUUUCUACUUUUUUGUACUUGCUGGAAAAACUUGAAGUGGAUUAUUAUUUUUAUUGUUUAUUAUCAGUUUUUUUUUUUUUUUUUUUAAAAAAAAAAGGUUUUCAGGGAGGGCACCUUUAAGGGGGGGUCCCUCACUCUCCUGUACAGAUCUGUAAAUGACUCCCAUGACUCCUGGAUACAGUCUGGUGGCCGCAGAGAAAGAUGGUGCACAUCUGCUAUUGCGAUGUAGACCUACACCCAGCAUGGGGGGGGGGGGGGGGUGGAGUGUGUUACUCUCUCUGCUAACGAGGCGCCGUUAACGUAGCCAACACUGUGUUACUCUCACUGCUAACGAGGCGCCGUUAACGUAGCCAACACUGUGUUACUCUCACUGCUAACGAGGCGCCGUUAACGUAGCCAACACUGUGUUACUCUCACUGCUAACGAGGCGCCGUUAACGUAGCCAACACUGUGUUACUCUCACUGCUAACGAGGCGCCGUUAACGUAGCCAACACUGUGUUACUCUCACUGCUAACGAGGCGCCGUUAACGUAGCCAACACUGUGUUACUCUCACUGCUAACGAGGCGCCGUUAACGUAGCCCCCCCCCCCCCCUUGCCACCAUUCAGUUUUUAAAGAGUAAUUAACGCUCUUCUGAUUCCUGUUAGUUACUGAUUGUUUUAGGGCUCGUUCCUUUUCACUCACUCCAUCUGUGUCAUAACUGCCCAGGCUGAUGUGCUGGGGUGGGACAUGCAGCCGGUUCCGGUUCCUGCUGUGUCCAAAUGGGCCGCUAAUGAGCCCCGAAUAUGGCUGUUUGUGUCACAUUUAACUUACCACCCAGGAGGAGGGUCACGCUCAUGUACAGCAACUGCUCCUAGUGCCGUACCAUGACGUAGGAGUGAACCCCAGUUGAAGGCAUUAAUUAUGUUCCGUAAAUGAUUGGAUAGAGGAAACUUUAAAGUUUUGGACUUAAGUGAUGAUUAGUGUGUAAUGUGGACUGUGGACGGCCCAGUCAGGGCUGAUGAGGGGUCGGAACAGGGGGCCAGUGAAAAGGGGUCCCUGCUGGGCCGGGCUUUACUGGUAUCAGCAGGUUUCACCAGGGGUGCUGUCCCGGGUCCCAUCUGGGACCAGAAAGGCGGGUUUCGUUCCAGAUUUAAAGACUGGACCGGCACUGAGAAUCAUAAAAUGUGACCAGACCUACUGCUCCUCUGCAGAGAUCUGAUCGAGAACCAAAAACGCUGUCACUCCAGCAGAGGAAUGUUCGUGAUUUUUAUUCUUAUACUCAAGUUCAGAAUGUGCUUUAAAAAAUUCAGCUAUUUCACAGUAAAUGGCUGUAUUUCGGAAAAAAAAUUACUGCGGUUGACAAAUGUCUAUUUUUAAGAGUUACGAUCCGUGGAAGAUGAUAAUUAUCGGAAUAAAGUUAAUUUAAAUCAAAGAUCUAUUUAACAAACAUAAAGAUGCCUUUUAAUUUGUAUUUUGUAAAAAUGCGUUUGUAAUGAGACCUUUUCGUUUGUCUGGGUGAUGGUUUCUGCUGCUUGGGUUAACGCUAGACAAGAGACUUACACCGAAGAUUUAAAUAUGACACUUAAAAAUGUAAGGAGUUUAAAUAAAUGUAUACCAUAUAUCUAUGUUAAUGAUGGUUAAUCAAUUAAUAAAAUUAUUAAGUAUAA